ACCUCCCCUACCUCCGGUCGCCAUGACAACAGCCGUGGAUGGUGGCGAUAGGGGAGCGGAGGGGGGUGUUGGGGUAGGGGGGUGGGAGCUUGCAUAGAGGAGACAGGUGUUGCUGGCGUUUGCGCAUCGCCAGUGAGCUCGUUUGGCAGGAUGGGAGCUGAGGGAACACCUACACAACCCCGCCACAGUUUCCCAUGUUUUCCGCAGUUUUGCUUUUUUAAAUACGGAAUUUGAUUUGCGCUGGGAACCAACUGAACGCCGCCAUGGUGCACCACUCGGGCUCAAUCCAGUCCUUCAAGCAGCAGAAAGGCAUGCACACAAGCAUCAGCGAGAUCCUGAAGGAGAAGAGCCUAAAGCCAUCUCGCCGCAGUCUGCCCUGCCUGGCCCAGAGUCAGACUCAUCCAACCAACCUCAACCACUUCCUGUCUGUGCCUCUGAGCCCGGAGCCUAAACCAGAGGUUGAGGGUCUGAGUCAGAGCAUCAGCACUUCCUGCAGCCUCCUCCCCCCACAGACAGCAGAGGAUGGCAAGGAUCACUUUGUGGAGGAGUCUGAAGUGAGUACGUGUGAAACGAGGGCAGACGAGUCAUUUCUGCUGCAAAAGCCUGUCACCCGUGCUAAAUUAGAGGCCCGCACAGAUUCAGUUCAGAGAAAGAAACCAACGGAUUCAUCCGGGCUCUUUUUCCGAGAUGGUAAAAAGCGCAUCGACUACAUCCUGGUUUAUAAGAAGUCGAGUCCACAGGUGGAGAAGCGGUGCACGUUUGAAAAGAAUUUACGAGCUGAAGGUUUGAUGCUGGAGAAAGAGCCUUCCUUGACGAACAACGACAUCAUGUUUGUGAAGAUCCAUGCUACCUGGGACACGCUUUGCAAGUACGCUGAGCAGAUGAAUAUCCGAAUGCCUUUCAGAAAAAAAUGCUACUUUACAGACUGGAAGAGCAAAACCUUGGGCAGCAGGUUUCAUCUGAGAUGUCGCCAAAUCAAAAGCUGGCUUCCCAGAAAUCCCAUGAAGCUGGACAAAGAGGCCUUGCCUGACCUGGAGGAAACCGACUGCUACACAGCUCCCUUCAGCAGAGCACGCAUGCAUCACUUCACGAUCAACAACAGAGAGACCUUCUUCUCCAAUUCUACCAGAAGUAGAAUAGUCCAUCAUGUCCUGCAGCGCACCAAGUAUGAGGACGGAAAAUCAAAGAUGGGAAUCAACCGGCUAUUGGGCAACAAUACGUAUGAGGCUGCAUUUCCUCCACAUGAGGGCGGUUACAAGAGCAGACAUUCAAUCAAGACGCACGGUGCCCAGAACCACAGGCAUCUUCUGUAUGAGCGCUGGGCCCGCUGGGGGAUGUGGUACAAAUACCAGCCUCUGGAUCUCAUCAGGCGAUACUUUGGUGAGAAAAUCGGUCUGUACUUUGCGUGGUUGGGCUGGUACACGGGCAUGUUAAUCCCCGCUGCCCUGGUUGGGGUUUUUGUCUUCCUCUAUGGUCUUUUAACCAUGGACGCGAGCCAAAUCAGUAAAGAGAUUUGCGAGGCCAACACUACCAUCAUGUGUCCCAUGUGUGAGGAAAACUGUGAGCCUUGGACGCUGAGUGACAGUUGUGUAUAUGCAAAGGUGACCUAUCUGUUUGACAACGGUGGCACUGUAUUCUUCGCUAUCUUCAUGGCUAUUUGGGCCACUGUAUUCCUUGAGUUCUGGAAAAGAAGAAGGGCAGAACUGACUUAUGACUGGGAUCUUAUUGAUUGGGAGGAGGAAGAGGAGGAGCUGAGGCCACAGUUUGAAGCCAAGUACUCCAGGAUGGAGAGAGUUAACCCCAUCUCCGGCAAGCCCGAGCCUUUCCAGCCUUUCUCAGACAAGCUUAGUCGGCUCAUGGUGUCUGUGUCCGGAAUAUUCUUCAUGAUUUCCCUUGUUCUGACAGCAGUGUUUGCUGUAGUGGUUUUCCGCCUUAUUGCGAUGGAGAAGUUUGCUUCCUUUAACUGGUAUUUUGUGAAGAAGAACUGGCAGUUCGCCACCUCUGGCACCGGUGUCUGCAUCAACUUUAUGAUCAUCAUGUCUCUCAAUGUGGUGUAUGAAAAGGUGGCCUAUCUGCUGACUAAUUUAGAGCACCCACGGACGGAGUCUGAGUGGGAGAACAGCUUUGCUCUGAAGAUGUUUCUGUUCCAGUUUGUGAAUUUAAACAGCUCCACGUUUUAUAUCGCCUUCUUCCUUGGAAGGUUUGCUGGCAGGCCUGGAAAAUACAAUAAACUCUUUAGUCGAUGGAGAUUGGAGGAGUGUCACCCAAGUGGGUGUUUGAUUGAUCUGUGUCUGCAAAUGGGAGUCAUCAUGUUCUUCAAGCAAAUCUGGAACAACUUCAUGGAGCUCGGUUAUCCUCUGCUGCAGAACUGGUGGUCUCGUAGAAAGAUGAAGAAAGGAGGUGGUGGAGGGCAGAAUGUAGAGAAUAAGGCCCAGCUUCCUCAGUGGGACAAGGACUGGAAUCUGCAGCCGAUGAACGCCCAUGGGCUUGUGGAUGAAUAUCUCGAAAUGGUUCUUCAGUUUGGCUUCACCACCAUCUUUGUAGCAGCUUUCCCGCUGGCUCCUCUCCUCGCUCUGCUCAACAACAUCAUUGAGAUUCGUCUUGACGCCUACAAAUUUGUCACUCAGUGGAGGAGACCCAUGCCUGCUCGAGCCACUGAUAUAGGGAUCUGGCACGGGAUUCUCGAAGGUAUUGGUGUGCUGGCAGUCAUCACUAACGCCUUCGUCAUUGCCAUAACCUCAGACUAUAUCCCCCGCUUUGUUUACGCCUUCAAAUAUGGCCCAUGUGUGAACAAGAGGCACCACCAUGGCAAUGAGUGUUUGCAAGGCUACGUGAACAGCAGCCUGUCCGUGUUUGACAUGGGUGAGCUGAAUAACAGAAACCACUCGGGAUACUGCAGGUAUAGAGACUACCGAGCGCCGCCCUGGAACACAGUGCCAUACGAAUUCACUCUGCAGUUCUGGCAUGUCUUGGCUGCCAGGCUGGCAUUCAUCAUCGUCUUUGAGCACCUGGUGUUUGGGAUCAAGUCCUUCAUAGCGUACCUCAUUCCAGACAUGCCGAAGGAUCUCUGCGAUCGCAUGAGGAGGGAAAAGUACCUGAUGCAAGAGAUGAUGUAUGAAGCAGAACUCGAGCAUCUGCAGAAGGAGAGGAAGAAGAAUGGGAAGCGUUAUCACCACGAGUGGCCUUAGCUUAAAUCCCCUCACCCUGUCUCCGCUACGCGAUCCUCAGCUCACAAGCUCCACCUCCCCUGCCUGCUUAUUUAUGUGUUAGCUUUUAGAGUCUAGCUUCACUGAUGGCUGAUUCUGUACACCAAAGACACCCUCUCGAGAUCCUCUCCAGAUCUGGCACUGGCCACUCCCUUGCCAUCUGUUCCACCUCCCGGUUUCUGGCUCUGACCCUUUCUGCCUCCGCCCUCAUCCCUUACCUGGCUUCACCCAACAGGGUGCCCUUGGGUCUGUGCUGCAUUGUGGCUUAGCUGGGGAAAAAAAAAACAACAACUUUGCAAUUGUAAUGUUUACUAUGCAGAUCAAGGGCUGCAGAUCAGCACUGUUCACUGUCCCAUCCUGCACUCUCUCUCUCUCCGUGUGGCAGCUACCACUUUGCUUUGACUCUGCAGUCCAGUGCAGCUCGCAGCAUGGCCGUGUAUCCCCUCCCCCGCCACCGCCCCAACCCUUCGUGAACAUCAGCAGAGCCACUUCUGUGUGACAGAACUACAGUGGCAUUUUUAUUGUUGCAAAGUGAUUCUGGUGAUGUGGCUACCAAAUAAGAAUGACUCUGUUCUUGCUUCCUAAAUGUAUAUUUGCUGUUGAAGCAUGCUGAUUAAUAUUUGCAAAGGAAAAAAAACAAACAAAACAAAACUGAAAAGCACUCCUUGUAAAGGAUGUUAGCAUCCAUUUAGUACAUCUGACAAAGUAUUCCCUCAGACAUCACAAGAAGUGCAUGGUAAUCCUGCUUUGUACCUUUUCGAUAGACAAACUUCCUGUCACGAGGCCUGGUUCACAUGUGUCUGUACUCAGUGUGAGCUGUGUGUUAAUCUCUGUGCUACCGCUGAGCUUGACUGUCUCGAGUUGAGGAAAUGUGAACUCUGUGCAAUUUGACUGUGCCUACAGUGUAACAACAUGGCCGCGUACCACAGUUUGUGUCACCGAACAUCACGUGUGCCUGUGUUGUGCAGCACGUGCUUUUUUUUGUUUUUCUUUGAAGUGCAAGAAAUAUUCUCUCUCCUCAUCCUGUUGUCCUGAUCUGCAGCAGACUCUCUGAACUCUCCGUUUAGGAUUUGUUUUGGACAUGAGUCACGCCGCAGUGUACCUACUCGGAUCUCGGCUGACGUCAGCAGCGCACGCCCUAACAUAACGUGUACGCUCGCAUGCAGGAUCCACAAAUCUGCUCUUCCGCUCUGACCCUCGCAGUCUGGUUUUCAUUUGCUGCUGGAAGCCCCAAAGCGUGGUUGAAAACUUGGAUCACUUAGAAAUACCUGUGGCUUGGAUGUUCAGUUUUGAAACGAACUUCUAUCCACUGUUCUUCGCUCGCAUAAUACGCUACAAGCUUCUGUUGCAGACUUUUAUUAAACACACAGUGAGACACACGG